AUUCCCACUCGAGACAGUCCAUCGCUAAAGGUGUAUAGUUUCCUUUGCUGAUAACUUGUAGUGUUUUUAGUGCUUUCAAAGCCAAGAGGAUCAAAUUUCUCCAAAAAAAGACAUAAACUAGGCCAAUAUGAAAGUUUUCCUGGGAUUAUUUGCCAUGAUGAUGGUGGCUGCCGCUGCCGGAGAGUAUCAGCAGCAAUACCACCACCAGCCGCAGCAACACUACCAGGAGCAGCAGCAGCAGCAGCACUACCAGGAGCCACAGCAGCAACACUACCAGCAAGCCCAGCAUCACUAUGAACAUCUGCAGCCCAAGAAGCACAUCCCCAUUGUCAAGAGUGAGAGCAACCGCAACCACGAUGGAUCCUACAACUUCAACUAUGAGACUGGCAAUGGCAUCCAUGCUCAGGAGCACGGAUACACCAAGAAUGCCGGACACAAGGAUCAUGAAUCUCAAGUUGCGGAAGGAUACUUCUCUUACACCGGAGAAGAUGGUGUCCCCGUAGGACUCAAGUAUGUGGCUGAUGAGCAUGGAUUCCGCGCUGAAGGUUCCCACCUGCCCACUCCUCCCCCAAUUCCCCAUGAGAUCCAGGAAGCUCUGGCUAAGCUGGCUUCCAGCCCUCAGCAGCACUACCACGAUGAUGGUGAUGAUGGUCAGUACAGGCCUGAGUACCACCAAGAGCAGGAGUCUCAGUAUGCUCACCAGCCCCAAGCCUACAACCAGCACGCUGGUUACCAGCAGCAGCAACAGCAACACCAACAACACCAGCAACAACAACAGUACUACAACAAGUAUUAGGACAGGACCCCGUCCCCAGAACCCCUUAACUUAUUAGCCCCAUUGUGAUGUACGUGUAAAUGUUGUGAAGCUAUGUAAAAUAAUUAAAGUGUGAAAAGACUA